AUGGCUACCCCGACUAAAGCAACGGUGGCGAAAUCCAACUCGGCUGUCGAAAUCUCACAGCCUGAUGCCCAGUUCUUCCUGGCUUGCCUUCAGAACUUCGGAGAGGAUAAACAGAUCGACCUAACCAAAGUGGCUGAUGCGCUUGGUUACACCAACGUUGCGUCGGUGGGCAACCGAUUCCGCGCUCUCAGAAAGCGCUACGCUAUGAAUCAUCUGGAGGCAAAGGCCGGGUCGGGGGCUCCCAAGGGCGUUAAGCCGACUGAUAACGUGACCGAUGCGACCAAGCAGCCCGACGGUAACGAGACGGAGGCCAACGGUGCUGACGGUGUCGACACGAAGGAAGACUCCGAGUCCGAGUUGCCUACUCCCGUCAAGCCCAAGGCGAAGCAGGCUGCUCCUCGUAAGGGGGCGAAGACCACUUCGAAACCUGUUCCUGCCACUGAUUCUCCGGCCAAGAGCCGCAAGCGCGGUGCUAAGUCGACGGCCAAGCCUCUUGCUAAGAGUCGUGUUAAGGAGGAGGAUGAUGCAGAUGUCUCCAUGGAAGACAAUGGUAAUACCUCGAGCAGCGGGAUGGAUAUUGCUGCAGCGUGA